UUUUUAUCAACAGCACUUUAAACUCUUGUUUCCUCAAAUUCGGCAACAGCUGGCAAGAUACUUUCAACUGACAGCCGCCUAGUGCAUAGAGUUAACGAAUCCCUGUCACUUAAAAUUGACCCACAGACUUCCCUCCUUAUUCAGUACCUAGAGGGUGGGAUUUGUUCCACUUCGCUCCUAACGAAUCACGUAGUCACCCAGAGUCACCUCGAACUUAUCAAGCUGAAAUGGGAGUCAAGAGGUGUGGGAGAGGCUUUGAAUUGGCUGUUAAUGGAUGGCAUUUGUAGUUGUGCGGGAUAUCCGCCAUCAUUGCUGCCCGAUCCGUUUCUGGAGUUUCCCCCCAUUCAUACUUGAAAUGUGCUAAACUAACUACAUCUCUGGGGCCAAAACAAGCGAAUAGCCUUUCCAUACUAUUUUGGAACUUUUACAAUGCAUUUAUCCUUGCUUGUAUUUCGAAAACAAGUUAAGGGCACGUCUAAUGACACGCAGAUUCAACGUUAGAAUGCAUCAAUAUGGACAUUCGCCGGACUAUAAAAUAAUUACCAGAUCACAAUGUUUUAGGGUUUAUAUACCUUUAUCGAACGAAUCUCGGUACGCCGAUUCCUUGGUUUCAACAUUAGCUUCUGGUUAAGUCCCCGAGUUAGCAAGGGAUGAAUGACCCUCUAACUUGGGAUCACCCAAACCUUCCUUGCGUUAUAGCUUCUCCACGUCCGCUGAAUGGGGGCCCCGCGGAACUCCGCUAAGCUUUUGACAUCUAGUUGUCCGCCCAUUUAUGGAGCCUGAGAUCUUGCAGCUUGCCGCUAGGUUACAUGCAUAGAGCUCUACCUGAUCGCGAGAAUGAUUCCUUCUCACAACUUCUACUUCACCUACUUCUCUUGAUAUCUCAUCUAUGACCAGAAUAUUCCAUGCACUUCAAAACUACUCUAUCAUUUGCUAUACCUCAGUCCGCCGCAAAUUUCUACUUCGCUGCUUGUAGCCCUCAACUUUGCUCUCUCUGCUAAUCCCACUCAUCGAGAGCUCUACUUUAGCUGCUAAUAAUUCACAAACUGAGCUACCAGACACCUGGGCAGCACUCUACAAAAUGAAAGAGUUUACGAACAUAUAUGCCAUCGCGGCUGUUGCCGUGAUCGGCGGUGGCUUGUUCGGUUUUGAUAUCAGCUCUAUGUCUGCUAUCAUCUCGACCUCACAGUACCUUUGCUACUUUAACCAAGGUCCAGACUAUUACGGGGUGAUAACCCCAGACAACCCGGAUGGUACCCGCUGUAGCGGCCCUAGACCCUCUACCCAAGGCGGUAUCACCGCUGCCAUGCCCGGUGGUUCCUGGGUUGGCGCUCUUGUUUCCGGAUACCUGUCAGAUAUCCUUGGCCGAAAGAAAUCGAUCCAAGUCGGCUCUUUAUUUUGGAUUAUCGGAAGUAUAAUCUCCGCUGCGGCUCAAAAUAUUGGUAUGCUCGUAGCUGGACGUUUUAUCAACGGCUUCGCUGUUGGUAUUUGCUCUGCUCAAGUCCCCGUCUACAUUUCUGAACUGGCUCCUCCCUCGCGAAGAGGCAGAUUAGUGGGCGCACAACAGUGGGCUAUCACAUGGGGCAUCUUGAUUAUGUUCUAUAUGUCAUAUGGGUGUACAUUCAUCGGGCCAGCAAACGGAACAACGGCCUUCAGACUCCCUUGGGCCCUCCAAAUGAUUCCCGGCAUCUUUCUCCUCUUUGCGCUUUUCUUCAUGCCUGAAUCUCCUCGCUGGCUUGCCAAAAAGAACCAGUGGAAUGAAACUGAAAGAAUUAUAGCCGGCAUCCAUGGCAAAGGUGAUGCUAACCAUCCCUUCGUCAGAGCCGAACUGCAAGAAAUCGGCGACUUCGUAAAACUGGAGUCAACUAACGAGACCACUUAUUUCGAUCUCCUCAAACGGAACAUGAUUUUCCGAACUCACGUUGGUGUCUUCACUCAGAUUUGGAGCCAGUUGACCGGUAUGAACGUGAUGAUGUAUUAUAUUACCUACGUAUUCGCAAUGGCUGGAUUGAGAGGCAACACCUUGCUUGUAUCAUCCUCGAUUCAAUUCAUCAUUAACGUCGCUAUGACCGUUCCCGCUCUUAUCUGGGUGGACAGAUGGGGCCGGCGUCCCACUCUCCUAGCUGGAGGAAUCCUCAUGUGUGUUUGGAUGUUUGCUACAGGCGGCAUCAUGGGAGCCAACGGCCACUAUGUGCCCGGGGGUAUCAACGGAGUCAAAGCAGUAUCAUGGGCUGUCAACCAGGGUGCCCCCGCCAAAGCUGUCGUGGCCUGUACCUUCCUCUUUGUGGCCUCCUUCGCUCCGACCUGGGGCCCCGUUUCCUGGAUCUAUCCACCGGAGCUGUUCCCUCUCCGCUUCCGCGGAAAGGCUGUCGCACUUUGCACGUCCUCCAACUGGAUAUUCAACUUUGCCCUGUCCUACUUCGUCCCGCCAGCCUUUGAAAAUAUCCAGUGGAAGGCAUAUAUGAUCUUUGGCGCCUUCUGUGCUGCAAUGACCAUCCACGUUUUCUUCGCCUUCCCAGAAACAGCAGGAAAAUCCCUCGAAGCCGUCGAAGAUAUCUUCAACACAAGCACUCCAGCAUGGAAAACACGCGUUACCACAAAGGAAACCAUCGCAGCUGAACGGGGCGAUGUCGAGGCCAAGCAUACAUUUUCUGAGCGUACCAGGAUACACGCAAAUAUUGCUAUGCAAGACGUCCCAGCGAGGACCGGGGCUGGCUCCGGUGCCGGUGCCGCCAACCUGACCAGCAAGGUCAACUUUAACCCCACAGAGCGUACCGCGUCUGGGUCCAGUCGCAGUACCUAGAUAAUCAUGCAAUCGCCAUUGCUGAUUUGCCCAGUUUGCUCAUCAUUUAUAUACAUUGCAUAGCAGUAGUAUUGUUUUAUAUUCCGUCCAACAAAUGCACAACCGACGCCAACCACAGAACAAACUUUUCAAGUAUGUCCUUUUCGUGUGUGACCUGGUGUUCGCUAUUCCCCCCUUUAUUUCAUUUUAACACUCACCUCGCUUUGGGACACAUUAAUAUUUUCUCUUUUCUAUUCUCUCUUAAUCUCUCCAUGACUUAAUUAAUUUUUUUUUUUUUCCGCCAGUCUUAAUAGUUUUAUUUUACCUGCAAGGCGUCUGUACCCAAUUAACUUAAUUUUAUUUUUUUUCAUUUCCUCUAAGUUAUCCCUGCUUCGUUACCUACCUCCGAAAACCUGACUUCGAGAGCUACUUUCCUCAUCCUCCUGUUACACACUCUCGGACUUCCAUAUUCCCAAUUUUAAAUUACUUUCCCUGCGGUGACAUAGAGAAGAUAUGAUACCGAACCGAGCAAGUCGAAAGAAAACAGAAAAGAGCGGAAGAGCGAAGAAAAGAAAAGAGACAAAAGUGCUUUACUAGAAGUGAACAAGGAGCAAAAAGAAAAAAAAAAAAUGGGAAAUAACUUGAAAAUCGUUUACAAAAAGUUUGAAUGGUAUUACUCGAAAAUGUUCUCGGUUAAUUUUGACAUUUUCUCCUUUAUUUUUUGUCUAAGGGCUAAUCUAAUACUUAAUGGUGCUCCUUGAGGUUAUAUGCGAUUUGGUUCCUCAAUAAUCCUUAUGGUGGAAAGGGUCUUCUUGUCCUGCAUGUAUAUGUAUAUUUUUGUCAACGUACCUCGCCCAUAGCUUUAAUAAUUAGUAACGUUAUAUGUUAUUCUUUUCGUCCCUUUAUUGUUUAAAAGCAGGAAUCAAGUUACUACCUAUGAAGUUUUCCGC